CUUGUCAUGAUCCCCUCCCUCUUCCUGGUAUCCUCUUUGUCAGCAGCAGGCUAGCGGAGCGCGUCGAGGGCAGUUCCCUUUCUGCCCCCCUACUCCUUCCUCAGUCCCACGCAGCAAACACAUUCCGCACCAUGGCUGCCACGGACGUGGACGUGUUUUCGAACGAAGAGAAGCGCAGCCUCAGCUUGGGGGGCCAUGUUGGAUUUGACAGCCUGCCUGACCAACUAGUCAGCAAAUCGGUCACACAAGGUUUUUGUUUUAACAUCCUCUGCGUAGGGGAGACGGGCAUUGGGAAGUCGACGCUAAUGAACACGCUCUUCAACACCAUGUUUGAGAAUGAAGAGGCCAGCCAUUAUCAGAACGGCGUCUACCUGCGCCCGCGGACGUACGACCUACAGGAGAGCAACGUCCACCUCAAGCUCACCAUCGUCGACACAGUUGGCUUUGGGGAUCAGAUCAAUAAAGACGACAGUUACAAGCCCAUCGUCGACUACAUCGACACACAGUUUGAAAACUACCUGCAGGAAGAGCUCAAGAUCAAACGCUCACUUUUCAACUAUCACGACACCAGGAUCCACAUCUGCCUGUACUUCAUCGCCCCCACGGGACACUCGCUCAAGUCCUUGGAUUUAGUCACUAUGAAGAAACUGGACAGCAAGGUCAACAUCAUUCCCAUCAUUGCCAAAGCAGAUACAAUCUCCAAGAGUGAGCUCCACAAAUUCAAAAUAAAGAUUAUGAGCGAGCUGGUGAGCAACGGCGUCCAAAUAUAUCAGUUCCCGACAGACGACGAAGCAGUCAGCGAGAUCAACUCCUCCAUGAACGCCCAUCUGCCAUUCGCCGUGGUGGGUAGCGUGGAAGAAGUGAAAGUUGGCAACAAAACCGUCAGGGCCAGGCAGUACCCCUGGGGUGUUGUCCAAGUGGAGAACGAGAGCCACUGCGACUUUGUUAAACUCCGAGAGAUGCUGAUCCGAGUCAACAUGGAGGAUCUAAGGGAGCAGACCCACGCCCGCCACUAUGAGCUGUACCGGCGCUGUAAACUGGAGGAAAUGGGCUUCAAAGACACGGACCCAGACAGUCAACCCUUUAGUCUCCAGGAGACUUACGAGGCCAAGAGGAAAGAGUUUUUGGGAGACUUGCAGCGUAAAGAGGAAGAAAUGCGACAGAUGUUUGUCAAUAAAGUCAAGGAGACGGAAGCAGAGCUGAAAGAAAAGGAGAGAGAGUUGCAUGACAAGUUCGAGCAGCUGAAGCGUAUGCACCAGGACGAAAAGAGGAAAGUGGAGGAGAAGCGACGCGACCUGGAGGAUGAGAUGAACACCUUCAACAGGAAGAAGGUGGCUGCCGAGACGCUUUCCUUAUCUCAGCCGCUCAAGAAAGACAAGGACAAGAAAAACAGGUCCGUAAAGACGGAGAACCAGUCGGCCGUGAGCGCCUCCAACUCCAAGGUGAUGAUGGCCAAGGCCAACGUGGAGCCCUUGAACUGCCAAAGCUGGUGGCAGGCCAUACAGUGCUGUACCUGCCUGGUCCACAACGCCGCCUGGAAGCCCGGAGGCCUCUUCUGACGGCCGGGGUUGAGUGCGGGGUCCCGGCCUAGGCCGGCGGACGGAAGGAGGUGAGGGUGGUUGCAGACCAGCAAGGCAUGGAACUAGGACAGGAGGAAGCAGAAAUGUUAGCGCAUGAUGUCAUUGUUGUUGUCUUUGUCAGCCCCCGAUUUGUCAACAUCACAGCUUUAGGCCCGACUACAAAUCAGCACCAUGUUAGUAUCGUAUCGUACGUGCAGUGCUUUUCUGUGCUCCCCUUUUGUCGGCAGGAACCAUCACUACACACCCGAGAAGUAACAAAAAUCACGAGUCUGGAUAUUUUGGUGGACAAACACCACCUUCAUCAAACAUCUUAAGGAGUUGCUUUGUUUGUGUUUGUAGCAACAACGAGCCACGGUCACGUCACACGUGGAAUUUUAGUGCUUUGUUCGGAAAAAAAUAUUUUUUUGGACGACAUCUGCCUUCAAAAGAUGGCUGGGAUGGUAAAGCGUAUUAUUGUUGUCAUGGUGACGUGUCUGAGACAAAAAAAAUGAGGGAAAAAAAAAAGAAUCAGUCCAAAGUAUUUAUUUGAAGAUAUUUAUUAUAUAUAAGAAAAAAGAAAAUGUCUUUAUUUUUUAUUAUUAUUAUUAUUUUUUUAACUGUUAUAUUGCAUCUCUUUAUAUGAAAGCCUUUGUAAUACUUAGGUGUUGGGGGCAGUACGUUAGUGACAUGCCCAUGCUGCUUUUCCUCUGCACAGGAACGCCUCGUGUUUUGCCAACAAUACAAAAAAACUAACAAACAAUGGACGACAAUGAGCUCGGGGUUAUCCAAGAGGAGACUGAGGGCAUCAAAGUGGAAUUUAUGGGGAAGAUAACAUUAGCCAUUCGUGUUUACUUCUGUCAUUUUUAGCUGUGCACCCUGUAGUAGCGGCACACAGGACAGAUGGGCGAUACGGCCUAAAAUCCAAAUUGCGAUAUAUAUUGUAACCUCCUGCGAUGACAAUGCAUAACAUGAAAUGUUAUUUGGUGUAUAAAUGACAUUAGGACCAUUUCAAAACUGGUUACAAAUUUAGCUGCUGACGUCUGAGGUAACACAUUGCAUCACUUCAUGUUAUUUUGUCAAAACUAUUAUACUACAAACCCCGUUUUCAUAUGAGUUGGGAAAUUGUGUUAGAUGUAAAUAUAAACGGAAUACAAUGAUUUUCAAAUCAUUUUCAACCCAUAUUCAAUUGAAUAUGCUGCAAAGACAACAUAUUUGAAGUUAAAACUGAUAAACAUUUUUUGUUGUUGCUAAUAAUCAUUAACUUUAGAAUUUGAUGCCAGCAACACGCGACAAAGAAGUUGGGAAAGGUGGCAAUAAAUACUGAUAAAGUUGAGGAAUGUUCAUCAAACACUUAUUUGGAACAUCCCACAGGUGUGCAAGCUAAUUGGGAACAACAACAAUUAGUUUCCUCAGUUCCCAAACAUUUAUUGUGUUGUUAAAAGAAAAAGUGAUGUAACACAGUGGUGAACAUGCUCUUUCCCAACUACUUUGGCACGUGUUUCAGCCAUGAAAUUCUAAGUUAAUUAUUUGCAAAAAAAAAUAAAGUUUAUGAGUUUGAACAUCAAAUAUCUUGUCUUUGUAGUGCAUUCAAUUGAAUAUGGGUUGAAAAGGAUUUGCAAAUCUUUGCUUUCCGUUUAUAUUUACAUCUAACACAAUUUCCCAACUCAUAUGGAAACAGGGUUUGUACUUGAUAUCGGAUUACUUUAUGUUCUACUAACCACCUUCUGUCUUGCUACUUUAUAUUACGUUUGGGCGAUACUACAAAUGUGUGUAUCGAUCCGAUACCAAGUACUUAUAUUUUUGCUUGAAAUUUUCAAGAAAAUUAUGUGAUUGAAUUUUCAUUCAGUUACGUGCAAAAUUUAAUAAAGACAAUGGUGCAAAAUUAAUAAAAAAAAGAAAAACAUACUCUUGAGUUUUUAAACAACGACAACGGUUUUGUGAUAAUAAAAAAUAUCGAUCUAAUCACUGGUAUUGACAAUAUACUGACACUAUACUCUAUCAUUACUGUCUAUUUGUAUCGAACCGCCCACCUUUGUUUACACUCAAGAAUUGAUUAAUGCGGACCCCGACUUAAAACAAGUUGAAAAACUUAUUCGGGUGUUACCAUUUAGUGGUCAAUUGGACGGAAUAUUUACUGUACUGGGCACUCUACUAAUAAAAGUAUCAAUCAAUCAAAGAGCUCUAUGUUAACGUUUAGCUAUGCCUUCAUGUAGCCUUCUACGGCGUGUAUUGUAGCAUGCUUAGCCAGUCUUUGUCCUCCAGUGAUAAUAGUGCGUGCAAGUAGUGAUGAUGGGUCAAAUGAUACUGAAACAUCAAUGCCUUAUGAAACACGAGUGAUAUUGCCUGGUUGUGAGUGUCACUUAAAAAAAAAAAAAAAACUUAGGCCCAAUACAACUGCUGUGUCAUUUGGCUGUGAAGCACUACACUGUGGUAAUCAAGAAGCACUUCUUUCGGCUAAAUGAAGUCGGAGGAUUAGUGUUGGUUUUAGUUUCCAUCAUCGAUCUAAAUGAAACUAAGAAAAAGGAAAAAAAUAUCUUAAGUGUGGCAUUAUUUAGAUCUUACAGUGCAAAAUACGGUAAAUAUUUUCCUGUUCAACAUUUGGCUCGUUGUACAAAGUUGCGCCUUUCUGCACAGUUAUUCAUGAAAAAUGUUACCUAUUAAUUGUACUUGUAAUAACGUCCCUCCAGCAGAUUGACGUCAUGAAACUAACAAUGUCAGUGCAGUGUCAAUACAGCUUGUGAGUGUGCCAUGCACUCACUUUGUCAUUUACCCAUCACUACUUGUAAGACACAUAUUUUGUCCACCGCCCCAGAGGUGAAGAUUAGUUACUUUGAAGCGGCUUCACACUGAGGAGGGACAUUAGAGCCACUUUUGCUGGCUUGUCAAAUUUGCGGGACACAAGCAGAAUGUGUCAUCAACAUGCAUCGUCAAAGUAUAACGACAGUAUCAAAAGCUCUAUUGUCAGCCUAAUUGAUAUUAUUUAUAUCAAAGCUUGUCAAACUUUUCACUUCAAAAAACACUUGGCUUUUUAUAAAAUUAAGAUACACUAGCGUAGUAGGCCCAUGUAUUCAUCACUAACAAGGCAGGAGGUUUUAGUGAACAGGUAUAUUUAAUAUUUUCAGGCCACCGUAACAUUACACAGUUUGAACAGUAACACUGUUUGAAUAUUUAUGCGAUUAUUUGGUGUACCACGAGAUUAGUUUGAGAGUCACUGGUAUAUAUCACACCAGCCUACUGGACAGUGCCCACUUUUGGUAAUGGAAAGGCAGCAGAAGCGAGUAGGUACCGUGCAGUGGAAAAGGGGCAUUAGUCCAAUCCAGGAAACGGGAAAAAGGGUCAUUUUUACGGGUUGUGGCUUUAAGAACGACCAGCACCCUGGCGCUGAUCUUUACGGAAGGGAAAGGAUGUUGGUGGAAUAAGCGAGGAUGCACGGCGAGAUUACACAGAGCGGCCGAGCGCAUUUCCCGACCAGGUAAAUCUGAUCAAGCGACGUCUGACGCGAUUGUCAGGGAGGAAAACUCUGGCAAACAAAGUUGGUUUUGCUUUGAUGAGGUUUGGACAGGUCAGUCAAAAGUUAUGCAACAGCUGCCAUUUUGGCUGCAGAGAACAAUCCCUUGUUUGAGCGACUUCACCGACUUACGAUGUGAAUGAAGUCGAUGGGCGUGGCCGUGUACAAGUCCCACUGCAGCUUGUCCAGAAUGAUCCGCUCCAUGCGAACAAUCUCCGCCGCUGAAAAGUUGCACCCGCUCGCGGAAACCAGACCGCUAACUGAACCCACCACCUGUUUCCAAAGCCAGCCAAUAAAAGUGUUGUUUUCAAAUAA